GCUGUUCAGGAGAGGCAGCGUACAAUUGUCAAGACCACAGGACUCAGGACUGCCACCAGCUCAAGUCGUCGACGAAGAAACAGGCUACAGCUGCUGAUCCAGACAAAACCUAUGCAGUAGACAUCGUAUCACCUGUGGAGAACUUUACUAUUUAAGCAGAGAUCAAAUUCAAAGAAUCCCAUGAAGUCGAAACAAGACUAAAAUGGAUAAGCUUCAUAACAAAUGGGUCUCCACAGCAGCCAGCAUAUGGAUCCAGUGCACCAGUGGCUUCCUAUACACUUUCUCCAUCUACUCCUCCCUUCUUAAAUCAAGCCAGGGCUACGAUCAAUCCACGCUCGACACCGUUUCCGUCUUCAAGGACAUCGGCGGCAACUUCGGCGUCCUCUCCGGUCUUCUCUACUCCGCCGCCACAGCGAAUCACCGCUGCCGUACUGGGCCUUGGGUGGUCCACCUCGCGGGUGCGGUCCAAUGUUUCGUUGGCUUCUUCCUUUUGUGGGCCUCCGUCGUCGGGUUGAUCCCCCGGCCGUCUGUGCCCGCCAUGUGCUUGUUCAUGUUGGUGGCAGCCCACGCAGCGACCUUCUUCAACACUUCGAAUGUGGUCACUGGCGUACGGAACUUUUCCAAUUACAGUGGCACUAUCGUUGGCAUUAUAAAGGGUUUUAUUGGCUUGAGUGGAGCAAUUUUAGUUCAAGUAUAUAGGACAAUAUUCAAUAACGAUCCAACAUCCUACCUGCUGAUGCUGGCUCUUUUGCCUAGUGUCAAUGCCCUGUUGUUCAUGUGGUUUGUGAGAAUCCACAACACAAUUGAAGGAGAUGAAAAGAAGCACCUAGAUAGUUUCUCAUUAAUUGCUCUGGUUAUCGCUGCCUACCUUAUGCUUGUCAUAAUUUUGGAGAAUGUUAUUACCUUUCGAUUGUCAAUACGUGUAGUCACAUUUGUCCUACUCGUGUUGUUGCUUGUCUCACCAUUUUGCGUAGCGAUUAGAGCCCAUCAAAGGGAUUCUAAUGGAAUUUCACAUAAUCUCUUUAUUGAGGGGGACCAACCAGUGGAUGAUCCUAACCAAGCAGAUGCUGAGAAGAUGCAUGUAAGACAAGAUUCUGCUGGGUACCGCUGUGUGCCCGGCAGUACUGAUCAAGAGGUUGAUGGUAACGAAGAAAGACCUUUCCCAGCAGAAGAAAACCUGAAUCUGUUGCAAGCCAUACGCACGAUAGACUUCUGGAUUUUGUUUCUUGCCAUGGCGUGUGGUAUGGGCUCAGGACUUGCCACAGUGAAUAACAUCAGCCAGAUAGGAGGAUCUCUUGGUUACACUAGCUUCGAGACAAGUACUUUGGUUUCUUUGUGGAGUAUCUGGAAUUUUCUUGGACGUUUUGGAGCUGGCUAUGUGUCAGAUUAUUUCCUGCAUACUAGAGGAUGGGCAAGGCCAUUGUUCAUGGUCAUCACUCUAGCAACCAUGAGCAUUGGUCAUGUGGUGAUUGCUUCUGGUUUUCCUGGAGCUCUGUUUGCUGGUUCAAUAUUGGUGGGUGUUUGUUAUGGUUCCCAGUGGUCAUUAAUGCCUACAAUCACUUCCGAGAUAUUUGGUGUGGUACAUAUGGGUACCAUAUUCAAUACAAUUACCAUAGCAAAUCCUGUUGGAUCUUAUAUAUUUUCGGUGAGGGUUAUUGGGUAUCUAUAUGAUGAGGAAUCAUCAGCGGAGGGCAACACAUGCACUGGAACACAUUGUUUCAUGUUAUCUUUUAUCAUCAUGGCAUCUGCUACUCUUCUGGGCUCUCUUGCUGCCUUGGGGUUGUACUUUCGGACUAAACAUUACUAUAAUCAGGUUGUAUGUAGAAGACUGCUACAUUGUUUCAGUGAGUAAAUUGCUGAGACUGCUAAGUACUCUGAAGGAGUCAUGAAGUUUUUGCUGGUUGGUGAGAACGAGGUAUAUUCCAAAACACACAUGCCCGCGCGCAUACACCCAUCUCUCUCUCUCUCUCGUGUGAAAGUUUAGUUGGGCUAUCAGGGAACAGAGGGAGUCAUCAACACUGUCCUUCUUAAGUUCAGUUAAUAAUUGCCAAUAUGGAUUCAAAUGUUUAUUGCAAAAUCUCCUGCAUGAGAACUAGUUUUAGAUCUGGAAAAAGCAUUUCAUAAGGUAGCUUUGUAGGUUCAACUUAUUUCAUUCUGACCGUAGACAGUUAGAACAUUAUGGAUAAUAAUGACCAGAUAUAUCGAUAUAGUUAACUAGACUGGAGGAACUUGGCAUCCAUGUGGCUUGAAACUGUGCAAGAAUCCAUAUUUAUCAUAGAAGACUUGCAUUAGGAUACUGCACACGUUCCUUAAAAGGCUGUAAUUUUUCUGUUAAGGACUGUUGGGAAUUCAGUAAUGUAGGUGGCUGCAGGGGCAUAACUUGGAGGCAUUAUUAUAUAUUGGCAGUUGGCUGCACCAGUUGAGACUAAUAUGGUUUGAGAGAGGUUUAGAGAAAAAUAUUUUGAGUGACUACUAAUGAAGGAAGAUUUUAAGUUUUAGGUAAAGAAUUAUGCGGUGGGUAUUGAGGUUAUAAACCUAGAAACAGUGAUCUACUUCCUGGACAGCAAAUGGAGAUUUGCAUGAAUGGAAAUCGAUUGAAAUGGUGUCGGUGACUCGGUAUGUAAAUUUCCCCCCCCCCCUCCCCCCCCAAUUUGUUCUUAAUAAGUAACUAUACAUUUGGCUUCUACUGCUUUA